CGCAGAGUGAUGGAAAAACAACAUUUUUCCGAAAGGAGAAAGAGAAAUUAAACAUUGUUUUCUGUGUGAGAUGGCAAUUAAAAUUGGAAGAGGGGCAUGACAUGAAUAUCAUUUCUCUAACACUACUGUAAACUGUCCUGUCCCUCAUUCUCCACACAGUGCUCAACUUUGUCUUCAAAUGCAUAAACACAGGCAGCCCCAUUCAUUUUUCCACACUUGCACAAUCACAUAACACUUUUCCUCAUGGCUCUAUCAAGAAACCACAACCACCUCUUCCUCACUUUUGCACUCACAUCCAUCUUCCUUUCCUCUCUCGCACCUUCAUCAGGUGGGAUGAUUAGGGCAUCGCCAGAUGAGGAGGAGUUGAGGAAGAUGGUGUUGGGAUCAAGGCCGCCUGCUUGCGUCAACAGGUGCAUGAGUUGCAGGCCGUGCGAGGCUACUUUGGUAAUUCCGCCCCACCGGACCACCAUCAAAUGGGAAAAAUCAUCUCACAGAGAAGAUGACAGCUACUAUCUUCUAUCCUGGAAAUGCAGGUGUGGGAAUAAGCUUUACCAACCUUAAACUCUACCAUUUUCUAUUUCUUUUUCAUUUUUUAGUUUAUUACUUAUAACGUAAGUUAUCAACAAUAAUUAAUAUAUGUGCUGUAAUUUUUAGGAUUUUUUUUUUGGCAAUUUUCGUAUGGAUGGAUCUUGUGUGUUGUCUGAAGAGAUUAAUUGAGGUUUAAUCGUCUCUAUCUUAAUAAA